GCUGGACUAGACAAGCUGGAAAUGUUGGCUUGCGAUCGAAAAAGCCAGUCUGGUCAUAUGCUGCUGAGCUUAAGCCGUGGCAAGGAGGAUUUCCUGAGAAAGACUGUGGAAUCUUUUGCCAACACAAGGGGUUUACUGACAUUGUUUGAAAGCCUCUUUGGGAAGGGAGCUUCUCGAGAGAGUUCUUUCCUUGGCACAGAGGAGAUGGGCAAUGUCAGUACACGAGCACCAGUGCAGGCAGAACUUACUAAAUACGAUAUUGGUGCUGUUCGAAUGCACAACGGCAGUCUCCAGCACCUUGUGUGGCUUGGUUUGCAGUGGAACUCUGUGUCAGUCUUACCCCCAGUGCGGCAACUGUUAAAGCAGCUUUUUCACUUGCCCCAGGAAACAUCAAGGCUUGAGACAGAUGCUCCUGAAUCCCUUUGCCUGUUGGACCUUGAAGUAUUCCUACUCGGGAUGGUAUUCACUUGCAACUUAGAACUGCAAGAGAAGUUUAACACUCGUGAUGAAACACAUCAGCCACCUUUCUUACCGUUGCUGCUGUGCAAACAGUUCUCUACUGAGAAGCAAAGAUCCUGGUGGGAUGCUGUUUGUGCUCUUAUGCAGAAAAAAACAACGUAA